AUGUUAGAAGUGGAAGAUAUUAAUAAUGAAACAAUCUCAAUUGCUGGUGGUGGCUUGGCAGGAAAUGCUUUAGCUAUUCUCUUGGGUAAAUCUGGAUAUAGUAAUAUCAAUGUCUAUGAGAAAAGACCAAGAAUUCCAGUUGCUUCCGAGAAAGUAUUCACCAUGGCACUUUCAUCCCGAGGUAUAAAGACUUUGAAAGAGAUUGGUUUAUUCGAAGAGAUAAAAAACAUAUCUAUUCCUAUGAGAGGUCGUAUGGUCCAUCUACUGAAUGAGUUAUUUUAUAGCUAUGCAGAGAAAAACUUUGGUGAACAAGUGAAUUUCCAUUUCGAAACCAGAUGUCAAGAUUUUGAUAUUAAAGAAAAGAGUUUUACAAAGAUAAACAACAAGACAGGAAGAUCAAAGAAAGUUGUAACAAACACUAUUAUUGGAGCGGAUGGUGCCUAUUCCAGUGUUCGCAAUCAAAUGAUUAGACUUCCACGUCAAGAAUAUUCACAAUCGUUUAUGUCGCAUGCUUAUAAGGAGAUUUUCAUUCCGGCUGGACCAAACGAAGUAUUUCCAGAUGUUCAUCCAUUACUCACCAAUCUAUACGAAGAUUUCGAAACUAAUCCAACCACUCCAUUGGUAACAAUUAAAACCUAUCCAUGGUCAUACCAAUCGAAUGUAGCCCUUAUUGGAGAUGCUGCGCAUGCUAUCGUUCCAUUUUUCGGACAAGGAAUGAAUGCUGCAUUAGAAGAUGUACUCGACCUAUAUAAUUGUUUAAAAGAGAUGAAUGAAAAACAACAACAAAAAACAAAUGGAAUAGUAUAUAGUAAUACUUUUACAAAUGGUAUUACUUUUGAUCGUAAUGUAUUUGAAAAGGCAUACAAACAAUACCAAGUGAAUCGCAAGAGUAGCUCUGAUGCAAUUGCAGAGAUGGUGAUUGAAAACUUUGUAGAGAUGAGUGAUAAAGUCAUGGAUAAACUAUUUCAACGCAAGAAAAAAGUAGAACAUCUUUUAGAAGAGAAAUUCCCACAACGUUACAUCUCGAGAUAUGAGUUGAUUUCAUUCUCUACUACACCCUACAUCGAAGCCCAAAGAGUUGGUGAGAUCAACAAAUCUAUUCUUCAUGAAUUGACAAAAGAUCAAGACACAGAAUCAGACCCAUCUAAUGUUGAUCUUGAUAAAGCUGAUGAACUAAUUAAGAAAUUAUUAUCUAAAUAA